AUGACCGAUCGCGUCCCCGUGGUUCCGCACCUUCGCUCAACGGACCUCAUCCAGCCACUUCGUGAGACCCAACCGGACACGGUUCACUUCAAGGGAACGUUCCCGUUGCGUCGCUUUAAGUCCAACCCGGAUCUGGUGGCACUGCGGGUCGUCGAGCAGAAUCGCUACGACCGGAUCCCUUCGCCUCCGGUUUGCGGGCUGGACGUGCACCGGAUGCACCGGAAGUUGGAACGGAUCAAUCCACCGCGAGAUAGGAGAGUCGAGAAAACGAGGCUGUACAACCGCCCGAGCUCGAUGGAAUUGCCGAAUAGUACUGAAAAGACCAAAUGUGACGAGGAAAGUGAUGUCAAAGAGUUCGGUCAGCUGUGCCAGGAGUUCUCCACCCAAGUGUCCUUGCUGAAAUGA